AUGCUAAUGUGCUCAUCGAAAUCUACCUCAAGAAGAGAAGGACCAAGAAGCCCAAACUGCCUUCUACUGCAAGGGAAAUACGUAUAUCUGCAAGAGACCAAUACACUUGAGUUUGAGAGGAAACCUGAUGAUGGGUUUGCUGCAGAGAUCCGUUCUCAAAACCCUGAGACAAGCAGGCAUACCGUCACGAACUACUGGAGGCCUAUGAAUGCUGUAUCAAUUACAAGAGCAAUUUACAAGAAGCUGAACUUACACAGGCGUGGGAUCUUUACUAUCACGUUUUCAAACGGAUUGACAAACAGCUUGCCAUCUGUUUCUCCUGAACUGCUGCUCUGUCGUGACUUGGAGUUGGCUGUUCCUGGAACAUAUCGUGCAGAUGCCCCGGUUGUGACGAUAUCAUCGUUUUCACGCCAACUUGUUGUCAUAACCUCAAAACAACGGCCACGGAAGUUGACUAUUCACGGAAAUGAUGGUGAGGACUAUGCCUUUCUGUUAAAGGGACAUGAAGAUCUAAGGCAAGAUGAGCGUGUUAUGCAGCUUUUUGGUUUGGUGAACACUUUGCUCGAGAAUUCCAGGAAAACAGCAGAAAAGGAUCUGUCCAUCCAACGGUAUUCAGUAAUACCACUAUCUCCCAAUAGUGGACUCAUUGGAUGGGUUCCAAACUGCGAUACCCUUCACCAUCUUAUUCGAGAGUACAGAGAUGCUCGACAGAUCAUUCUUAAUCAAGAACACAAACAUAUGUUGAGUUUUGCUCAAAACUAUGACAAUCUGCCGCUCAUAGCAAAGAUUGAAGUAUUUGAGUAUGCUCUAGAAAACACAGAGGGAAAUGAUCUGUCCAGGGUUCUCUGGUUAAAAAGUCGGUCAUCAGAGGUAUGGCUGGAGAGAAGAACCAACUAUACUAGAAGUUUAGCAGUUAUGAGUAUGGUUGGUUAUAUUCUUGGGUUAGGUGAUCGACACCCAAGUAACCUUAUGCUACAUAGACACAGUGGUAAAAUCUUGCAUAUUGAUUUUGGAGAUUGUUUCGAGGCAUCUAUGAAUAGGGAGAAGUUUCCUGAAAAGGUAUUUACUAUAGUGUUUUCCUCAUAA